GAGCAGAGCAGGCCAAGGCAUUUUCCAGCUUCUGUCAUGGAGAGCGCGGCACCAUGCAGAUCUUGGUCCUGGCUUUGCUUGGCCCGGCGGUGGCAAAGGUGCCCAGCCGUAGCUGGGAGGAAUCCUACAAGCUGGCCGACGAGACCUUAGAACGAUUGAGCCCGUGGCAGCGUUCGCGACUGCUGAAUGGCGUGGGCUGGCGGCCCGACUGGCAGCUGACGCCUGGCUUUUACAUUGGCAAUAUCGCUGGCAGCCCUUCUGCUGGAGUGCCAUGGCUAAGGAUGCAGGACAGUGCCGGCGGCUUCCGCACACUUUUUCCUGAGAUGGUGGGCACAUCAGUUGUGUGGCCCAGCUCCUUGGCUCUUGCCAGCACUUGGGACGAGCAGGCUGUGGCUGAUCAGGCCGCGGCCAUCGCCAAAGAGUUCCGAGGCAAGAAUGCCAAUGUCAUGCUCGGGCCAGCUGUGAAUAUCGUGAGGACAGCUCUCGGCGGUAGAAACUUUGAGUUCCUACCGGGAGAGGACCCCUAUUUAGGCGCGCGGCUGGUGCGGAGCUUUGUGACAGCUGUGCAGAGUCAAGGCGUCAUGGUAGUGCUGAAGCAUUUUGCUUUCAACGAGCAAGAGACAAAUCGAGGCACCGUGAAUUCUGUGGUGGAUGAUCGCACCGCGUGGGAGGUGUACUACCAACCCUUCGAGGCUGGCGUGGAUGCUGGCGCUGUAUCUGUGAUGUGCUCCUACAAUCGGGUGAACAAUACACCAGCCUGUGGCAACUACAAUCUCCUGACUCGAGACCUGCGCCAGAAGAUGGGCUUCAAGGGAUUCGUGAUGUCGGAUUGGGGCGCUGCCCACAGCACCGCGCUGGACAAGGGCUUGGACAUGGACAUGCCGGGCUUCGACGGUUUUUACUCCUAUCAGGCCGUCUCAGCAGAUGCGCACUUCAACACCUCGGUGAAGCGAGUGCUGGCUUCCAUCUAUCGCUUGCGACUGGAUCAGGGCCCGCCCGGCUGCAAGCCACCCAUGUGCUUUGCGGAUCUGGCCAAAGAUGUUGCCAAGCAUCAGCACCUCGCGCAGAGCGUGGCGGCAAAGGCAGUGAUCCUUUUGGAGAAUCGUGGUGUGCUCCCGUUGAACUUGGAAAAGAUCAGAAAACUUGGCGUCGUGGGACUUGCUGCAGACGCGCCCUACGUGCAGUUCAACAAGGAUGACGCUUCUCCUGGCCUGCCCGAGGGCGACUUCUACUCGGGCGGUGGUUCCGGUCACCUACAGGGCAGCAACGCCUCUCUGAAAACAACCUUGCAGGCAAUUGUGGAACGUGCUGAACAAGAGAAGGUCCAAGUCAUUUCAGCGAACACCUCCUUCACACACAACCACUCCAGGCCUUUGGGGCUGUUGCUGCAGGACCAGGAGGUUGACCUUGUGGUGGUGGUGGCUGGCGUCAGAAGCCAAGAGGCGCUUGACCGUCCGGACCUGAACCUGGCUGCUGACGAGCUCAUCCACCAAGCGAGCCUCUCGAAGCCCACCGUGGUGUUGCUGAUGCUGCCUGGUGCGGUGCUUAUGCCGUGGCAGUACCAGGUCUCGGGCAUUGCAGUCCUUUUCUACGGCGGCGAGGCGACUGGUUCUGCAUUUGCCUCCGUGCUGUUUGGGGACGUGAAUCCAGCUGGAAAACUGCCUUUGACGAUCCCAAGGAGUGAGGCUGACACCAUUCUGCCUGCGAAGGGCCCCAUUGCGAUCUACUCGGAGGGCAUGUUUACAUCCUACCGGAAGAGCAGCAUCAAGGCAGCGUUUCCUUUCGGACAUGGCCUGUCCUACACCACCUUCCGGAUCAGACCCCAGCGGGUACUGGUGGAUCACAAGACCUGGACCUCAGUUUUGCAGGGUUCGUCUAUAGGCCCACCAGGACGUGCAGGGCCAGUGCAGGAUACUUUGGUGUCCGUGGAGGUGCGUGUUGAGAACACCGGCAACAGAUCUGGAGCUGAGGUCGUGCAGGCCUACUUGCAGUUUCCGAAGGAGGUGGGGUCGCCACACCUGCUUCGCGGCUUCAGGCGUACCUCGGAGCUGCCGGCUGGCGGGCAUCAGCUCCUUUGGUUUCACUUCAACACGCGUGACUUUGCCAGCUAUAUGCGGGGAGCAUGGCGAGUGCAGGACGAAGUCUUUCUUCACCUUGGCUCCAGCAGCAUGAAACUCAACGCUCCGGUGGUGCUGAACCCAUGGGUCACAGGCGACGGCACGGUAUCUACCACACAGGCAGAGGCCGCGGUCAUACCAACAGGCAUGCCUUCGGUGACAGAAGAGCCAAUGAAGGAACACGGUGAUGGGUCGCAGGACCUACUGCCUCGCGUGGCUGACCAUACUGCCAAAGUUGCAGAGGUCAGCAGCACUCCAGGGCUCCGCGGCAAAGAAUCUUUGGCCACGCCGGCACCAGAGCCUCGGCCUACGAUUCCCUCGCACCAGGACCAUAGCCCACCGGCUGUGAGAACGGCGAAGCAGGUGAUGGGCCUGACUGUGACAACGCUUCCAUCGGACCAGGGUGCGUCGGAUGCUGCGCUUUCCGAGGCCCCGAGCGAUGCUAACAAUUGGAUACUAUGGGCGUUGCAGCCUGCACUGCUGCUCCUGGUGGUGCUUGCUGCAGUACUAUCUACACGAGGCGCAAGUGAGGAAAGCGACGAUGACGACUCGAAACACCUGCCCAUGGAGCUUCUGGAGGAAGAGGAACUCCCAACCUGGGAGUACAUGUACCCAGGAGAAGCAGUCACAUCACCACUGGUCGCCGGCAUGAGAGUUGCGCCGUUGUGACGUGCAGGCUGUGGGAUGCAGGCCGCCAGAUGCCAGGCGAUGUUGCCACUCUGCCGAGCUCAUGGUAUGUUCAGAAAAAAUACGCCGGCGUUCAAUCGAGCUUAGCUGGAGGCUAGUUUUUUCGUUUGCCAAGCUCCAAGGCUGCUUCAGCUCGGUGAUGACCACCUGAGCAGCGCCAGAAACCCUGACAAUACAAAGUAGUGAAGGGGGGUGUCCUAUAGAAUCCCCGUGAAAGCCAAAACGCAG